AUGUGUUCUUUGGAUGGCGUAGGUCUUGUCCAUGAAGAUUGUAUAGCAAAGAUGAGGUUGAUGUCAUUGGUGGAUCUUGGCUCUGAUGAAUCAGGCCAAAUUCCUUAUGCUCUAAUUAAGGACACUCUCCGGAUUAAUGAUGAUGAGGUGGAGUCAUGGGUAGUUAAGGCAAUUGCAGCAAAGCUAAUCGACUGUAAGAUUGAUCAUAUGAAUCAAGUUGUAAUUGUGAGCCACUGUGUUGAGCGCGUGUUUGGUCUGCAUCAGUGGCAAACUUUCCGAACAAAGUUAGCAACAUGGAGGGCUAACAUGUCAAAUGUAAUUAGUACCAUUCAAGCUAACAAGGUGACUGAAGAUGGGACUGGGGCAAUGUAA